GGCGGAGGGACCACGCGGGGGCGGAGGGACCACUGGAGUCGCGGGGAAGCCCGUGAGCGGUCAGUUUGCGGGAGCCCGUGGUGACUGGAAGAGGAGCCGGCCGCGUGGGUGCCCAGCAUGGAUGGCUACACGGUCCUGCGCGUGAUCGGGGAGGGAUCCUUCGGCCGAGCCCUUUUGGUUCAGCGGGAAAGCAGCCCUCGGACGUUUGCCAUGAAGGAAAUCAGGCUUCCCAAGUCUUCCUCUGAGACACAGAAUUCCCGGAAGGAGGCUGUUCUGUUAGCCAAAAUGAAACACCCCAAUGUCGUGGCCUUUAAAGAAUCAUUUGAAGCUGAAGGACACCUCUACAUCGUGAUGGAAUAUUGUGAUGGAGGGGACCUCCUGCAAAAGAUUAAGCAUCAGAAAGGAAGGCUGUUUCCUGAAGAUACGAUCCUUAAUUGGUUCACACAAAUGUGCCUCGGAGUCAACCACAUUCACAAGAAGCGUGUGUUGCACAGAGACAUCAAGUCCAAGAAUAUCUUCCUCACCCAAAACGGAAAAGUGAAACUGGGGGACUUUGGAUCCGCCCGUCUCCUCUCCAGUCCCAUGGCGUUUGCUUGCUCCUACGUGGGAACGCCUUACUACGUGCCCCCGGAGGUCUGGGAAAACAUGCCUUACAACAACAAGAGUGACAUCUGGUCCCUGGGCUGCACUCUGUACGAGCUCUGCACCCUGAAGCACCCGUUUCAGGCAAAGAGUUGGAAAAGCCUUAUCCUCAAAGUAUGUCAGGGGUCCGUGAGCCCGCUGCCAUCCCAUUAUUCCUACGAGCUUCAGCAUCUCAUCAAGCAGAUGUUUAAAAGGAGCCCCGCCCACCGCCCCUCCGCCACCACGCUCCUCUCCAGCGGCACUGUGGCCCGGUGCGUCCCGAAGUGCCUCACCCCAGAGAUCAUUGCAGAAUAUGGUGAGCAGGUGUUAGAAGAAACCAAAAAAUCUAAGCACAGCACAUCACGGAAGAAGGGACCGGGGAGCGAGCCCGUCCCACCGAGGAAAGCCGGCUCAGCAAGUCCUCCCCGGCGCCAGUGGGAGAGAAACGCACCCACAGCCGCACUCGCCGCUCUGGGAGCUGCCUCCAUCCUCGCCUCCAGCUUCCCCGCAGAGGACGACAGAGGUGGCUCUGUCAUAAAGUACAGUGGAAAUAGUGCCCGUAAGCAGUGGCUCAGAGAGACCCCCAAAACGCUGCUGAACCUCCUGGAGAAUGCCGACCUCGGCCUGGCCUUUCGGACGUACACCAUAUACAGACCAGGCUCAGAAGGGUUCUUGAAGGGCCCCCUGUCUGAAGAAACAGAAGCAUCAGAUCAUGUUGACGGGGGUGAUGAUGCUGUCGUUUGCGAUCCGGAGAGACUCCAGCCUCGACUGGAUGAGGAGGACACGGACUUUGAGGAGGAAGAGGAGUUCGACUGGGUGUCAGAACUGACGCAGCGAGCUGGCCAGCCCGGGGCGUCUGAUGCCUGACGCCCAAGGAGCUUCCCGUGCCUCAGUCCCACUGAGUGUGUGUUUAAGCGAGGAAUUACUGUCUGGACAAUGUAUGCUCACGGAAGGUAGAUUCCCUUGGAAGCAGGAAAAAGAGGGUGUGGGGAGGACUGUGAAUAUUUAAAACUGUUCCUGAUUCGUAUUAUGAGGUUUAAAAAAUCUGCAGUAAGGUAAACUGUGAACUUCUCUGCCACUGAAUUUUAGCAAACAUUCCAUAAGACGAUUGAAAGGCAUGUCCCAUGUUUGAAAUGCAAACUCAUAAACUCCGCGCUGGGAUCACCUGUUUGCUUGCAGUGAAUCCCAUUUGAGAAUGGGGACUUUUCGUUCCUAAUUUCUUGAAAAAAUAUUUCUGCAGUAAGUCUUGGGUCUUCUUGAAGCAAGGUCAUUAUCAGCUCUGUGGUCAGUUUCCCACCGUUGAUAAAAAUCCAUCAAAAACAUCAUGAUAUAAUUUACAAGGAAAAAGGUGGUUUUCCAAAGGCUGCAGGAACAGGAAAGAGAUAGCGCUUCUUAUUGGCAUAAGCACAAACACUUAAAGCUAGUCCGACUGCAGGGGAGUCCGGUGCGGGGUUCGAACGCUCUGUAAAAGUGAACAGAAGGUGCAUCUCUACUUCUUCCGCUGUUGCACAAGUCACGUGGGAGGCCUGCCUGAGGGCUGCGCGGUUGCAAUUUGCUGGUCCGAUGUCAGAGUUCGAAGUCUUUUUUGUGUAUCUGACCCAGCAUGGCCACCUCCCAGAUCAUUUCAGUUCGAAAACACGGAAAUCAGGACAAAGACUCCAUGUAACCAAGCACAAGGAGAUGCUACUGGAAGUUACUGUCCUUGCACAGCUCCUUCAGAAAUUUAAAAAAUUUUGAAAACAUAUACAGGGUUUCUUUUUAAGAUUUUUAUUUUUUGAUUUGAGAGAGAGAGCAAAUAUUGAUUCGUUGUUCCACUCACUGAAGCGUUCACCAGUUGAUUCUUGUAUGUGCCGUGACCGGGGACCAAAUCUGCAAACUUGGCCCAUCAGGAUGCUCUAACCAACCGAGCUCCCUGCCCAGGGCCAGGAAUGGAAAUUUUGGAAGCAGGAAAACUACGCCAUCCAAAGAUUCCAGCAGUGAGAAUGAGUCCUACCAUUCCUUGCAAAGACAAAUAUCACCACAAAGCUGCAAGAAGAGACUAAGUAAGGACUCUGGCCACGCCCGUGAAGGUUGGUGACACCUUCCCGGACAUCCAGUCGCACUGACCCCAUGUCCACAGCUGCGCUGGGUUGCGCCAGCCAGCGUGGCUCCAAAGGCCUGGGUCCUGCCAGAUCCGCCUCAUUCAUGUUGCCGCCAUCUGCCGCUACUCAUGCGUGUAACCCCGCUAGUGUUUUGUGCCAGCUGUGGUCAAAAUUGAUUCCUAAUUCCUCGAGCGAAGGAGGCUCACCCUCAGAGUUGUUUCCAUAGACUGGCUGAGGCGUAGCAGAGUAUAAAUGCCCCGGCUGGUAGGAAAUCUGCCCCGUGUGUGUGGCGUUGGUGGCUGUGGCUGCGUCACAUUGGCAGGGACGAAGGGACAUGCUGCAUGAGGUCAUAGCCAGCAUGCAGUUUGCUGUGGGGUCCUCCACUCCCUCCGUCAUCACAGGAGCGCUGUGAUUGGUCAUCAGCGCUGUCCCUUGUCUGGUAGAAAUCCCUGUUUAAGUUAUCUAAGCCUGACACUGCAGAUGACAGAUGCGGACAAAGAACCCCUGGACUCAGCUUAAGAAAGAACUGCUAGUCUUUUUCUUCUUUAAAAAUAAAUGGUGGUGAGUUUGAAA